AUGUUCACUUUGUUCCGUUUUCUUCAGCUCAUCAAGGCACUUUCUUUACAUUGGCAAAGUUGUGGAAUUCCAGGUCUGGAAUUUCUCCAUCAUAAUGAUCACCAGGUUCUUGGACUACUUCUACUUCUUCUUUUAUCUCAACCACACGGAUAGCGCCAGCAGCCCCAUUAAUUUCAGCCACCAGCAGCCGCGGAACGCCCGCCGCGCCGGCCGCGCGCCCGCCCGGAGCGCUGAGGCUGCUGCACCGCGGCGCCGGAAGAAGGCUCGCUCGCCAUGGUUGAAGACUGACAAAGCUUUGCGUUUAAGUAUUAUUGGAGAAAAACUGCAAUGGUUUCAAAGUCACCUUGAUCCCAGUAAAAUCGAGUACACAAAGAAGGAAGCUGGUGAACUAAUUGAAAAUUAUAUGUGUCGAUUCAAUGCUGAAUUGGAGCAGAUUGAAUUACAAAACAGUAUUAAAGGCAGACAAGGAAGACAGCAUGGUUCACGGGAAACUGUCAUCAAGCAGACAAUCGAACGUGAAAGACAACUCUAUGAGGGCUAUGGAAUGGAAAUCCCAGACAUUAUGAACAGAAAGCAUCUGAAAUUUUUCAGAGAAUGGGAUGGUGAUCUGAGGAAACUGCCAAACAUUAAAAUGAAAAAGCUCUCUGCAAGGGAUGCUGCCAGCAGUCACCCCGAGGUGACAGAUGCAGAAGCAAAAGAAGACUUGAAGGAAGAAGAAGAGGUGGGCCCUGAUGAACACCAGUUGAUCCAAGAGCUGAAAUAGUGAAAAGAAUUCCCUUUCAAGAGCAAUAAUUCAUUAUAGCUGAUUUCCAGACUUCCCCAAAAGAAGUAAGUUUCAUGAAGGUCAGAGACUUUGCUAAUGAGCUGUUGUGAUUUAUGCUCUGCAGUUUAAGCUGAUGUCUUAAAAUCACCUGCCAAGGUCCUGUGCAGAGUUCCUCUAAUGAAACUGAAAAUAAGCUGAUGGUGAGACACUUACCAUAAUGGUGCUGUAAUCAAGUUCCCUAAGCCUUGACUGUCCACUUUUAUUAAAAUGGAAGGUUUAAUAUGUAACUAGUUACCUGUUACAAAGGAAAAAUAAAAUGAAUCAAGUUAUUAGACUAAAAUGACAGCAUUACUUUAAAAACAGAAUUGCUAAAUAAUAAAUUUGGCAAUAACAAUAUUGCUAAAAAAAAAAUUGAAGCAUCCUACUAAUAUCAGCUCUUAUUCAAGUUAACACAAUUAACCAAGACAGUACCAUGCUGAUUUGGAAACUGAUAAAGGGAUGAUGCCUAUUGCUAAGAUACAAAAUGCUCAAAAAAAUCUCAUCCACACUUUUUAAUGAAAUAUUCUUUUUCCCCAGCUCUCAAAAUUUGGUAGCAAACCUAGAGGUAAGUGGCACUUGAAGAUUCAUUAAAGCCUUUGCCUGAACUUCCAGACUGAUUUGUUCUUUUGACUGUAUCUUCUGGGCUCCUGUAAGUAGCAGUCUUUCUUCUGUGAGCCAAUAACACUUGGGUUUGUCCUUAUCUGAUUUAUGACCUCAUCUUAAUCCUGCUACUUCACUUUUCACUUCUAUGCUGUUUGUGAGCCAUUUUUAAAAUCUGUUGACUGUGUUGUUCACCACGUUCCCAGGCAUGUGCAUACAUAAAUGUAAUGGUCCAUGUUUCAUUAUAGAAGUAUCUCCUCAAAUUAUUAGUGAUUUACUUAACACACUUAAAAAUUACUGUGACCUAUCUUCUUUAUUUGGAAUAGUGAUGAUUACUUUAUUUUCAUAUAUAUUGUCGUCUAUGUGUUAAAAAAACAAAAAGUCCUGUAAUUCAGUUAAUAUCAAUUACAGAUAUUUGUAACUAGCAAAAGUGCAAGUUUGUCCCAGGGUCCACAUUCUCCAGCAGUUUGGCAUAAUUUUCCUUAUCAGUCAAGGUUGUUUUCUGAGCUCUGUGUCAUAGGUAGUGGAAAUGUGUAUACCAGUGGUUUUGGCAAGUUCUUUGACAAUUUCUUUUACUUUUGGGAAUGCUCAUGCAGAACAGCCUUAAUAUUUUAUUGGCUGGGAGGUGUGUGUACAGACAUCAAACUAAACAGAACCCUGCUUCAUGUUCUAACAGUGCCCUUCAUCAAGGGAUUCAGACUCUUUUGUGCAAAGCAAAAAGGCUUAGGGACCCAUACCUCUGGUCUCUUAAUUAUGAAACCAAAAUUGCUUCCACUUUUCUGUAUGCUAAUAAAUGGAAAUUAAUAUAGCUUUACUACAGUAACUUCUUUUUUAUGCUGUUUCUUCUGUAUCUUGCAGGGAUUUGUGAAUCCAUUUGCAUUUACAUAGUGAGCCUAGUUAGGGCAGCUUUAAGAAAAUGAAAAAGUGGCUAGCCUUGAAUGUACAGAAUGAAAUUUGUUAGAACAUUACUUCUGUGUUUUGAACAUAUAUGCUUACCAAUCAUCAGCCAUAUGAUUCCAGCUAGAAUUGUGGUAUUUUGAAACUUAGCUCACUCCCCAGCUGACCAUCUCUGAGAAAGAUAUGGAGUAGGUGGAGCUGUAGAAAACUAAAUUUGGACCUUGGUUGGAACAUUCAUUUUUAACCAAGGUAAGAUUUUUUUUUUUUUUACACUUCACAAAAUGCACAGGCUUUUUUUUAUAAUGCAAACAUGCAAUAUUCCUUUUCAUUAAGAAAUGUCUUUAGGAUUUUCAAAAAGGAGAAAACCUCACCAAAUCAAAGUAUAAAAUAGUACAAAAAAGGAACAGGAUCCAUGCUGACAAUCUGAGCUGGGAUUAGCUUUAAAGUAUUUAACUGUCCAGUCCAUAUUUAAAGUUUUUAUGUGUUGGACAUUACAAAAUCAUUGUAACAGUUUGUACCAAGGCAUUGCUUUCCUUGGACAGCUUUCAUCCUCUUACCUCCCUGGAGUUGAAACCCAGUACUAGUCAUCCAUUAUUCUAUGGAUGCAAAACCAGUUGCUUUCUAGGCUUCUUUAUAGGGUUGAAGCCUGCAAGUUAAGCAACUAUAAGUAUUUUCAAGUGUUUUUGUACUGUGAAGUAUUUUCCUGAGCAUUCUGCCUAGGCAGGGUACCCAGAAGUAGCCCCUUGCAUCUUAGCAGGUUUAUCAGUAUUAAGUAAGCAACUGAGUUAUAUUGUUCACCUUUCUUGCAAGAGUGUGGUCUUGCCAAUCCAUGUUCAGCAUGGGAUGCUCUAGGUAACAAGGUGACAAAUGUAGAUUACUGCAGUACUUUGAGUAAUUUGUUUAAUACAAAUACAUUUUUUCACAACAUUAAGCAGAUACAUUACUUUUGUUUCCCUUACCUUCUGUCUUCCAGUACACAUUCACCCACAAAAACAUACACUUUUUCUUUUGCAAAAGAGAGGGAUUUAAACAAAUAACACAAACUUGUAGUUUUGAAUAUUAUACACAGUAAAAUACUUUCAUCAGAGUAAGUUUCAUUGCAUUAUUGGAAAUUAUAAACUGCUUGUUCUGGAGAUGGGAAAUUUUUUUUUCUACAACAAUAAUAAACAAAAAUAAACGCUACCUUCAGAUAGAGCAGUGUGUGAAUGGCACAGUUGGACUAGUCAAGAAUCUUUGUAAUGCUACUGAUAGUCAGAAGUGGUAUGUUUAUGCCAGUUUGAAAUAAACAUUAUAAUGCUUGUAACUUAAACACAGGAAAAGAAAUGUGCAUGUUCACAGGAGUGAAUACAGGAGCAUCUUGAUCAAACUUCUGGAUCUGACCUGACACCAAAUUACUUCUACCUACCUUUAUUAAAACUUAGGUUGAACAAGCUGUUCCUGCUAAUGGCAGCUCAGAGCCAGGUUCUGCCCUUGCAGGUUUAGCUGGGCCAAAUUCUAUUGUCAGCAUAUUUGCCAGAGCUGCACUGUGGUUACACAUGAGUUUGAUAUGGAUCAUUAUUUGAGAUGGUAUCUUCAUUAAAAAGUCUUUAGACAUCAUCUUAAAACCUUCAGUAUACUGUUCUGUUUAGUUGUGUGGUUUAGGUGGGGUUUUUUUCCAGGACAGAAUACUGUGGUCAGUAAAUUAAUACAGAAAAUUGUACUUUAGGAAUGAAAAAGUAUUGGUUGAUAAGGAUCUGUCUAGUUUAUCCAUGUACUUUCCUUAUUACUGAAGACAAGAAUCCAAGGCAUGGUGGUGUGAAUAGCUCCUUGCCCUCUUGAAGAGGUUGCACCCUGCUUCAGAAACUAAUUCCAAUCCUCCAUGAAAUUCCUGAAAGCUCUAGAAAAUCCAGUGCAUCUAUAAGAGAAAGGGAUGCACAGGUUAACACUGUAAUGCUUUAAAAGGUUAAAGGCUGCUUCAAGCCAGCUGAAAUCUCUCUUGCUGGUGACUUGCCUCACUGUCCAUUUUAUUGACUUGUCUCAGUGUCCCAUUUUACUCCUUUUCCUGCUGUACAUAUUCAGUAUUUCCAAGGGAGAGGAGGAAUUUCAACUGAAGUCUUUCUGCUUUCUUUUAUUUCAUUAACUGUAAACUCAGUUGCAUAUAUGGUUGAGUGCCAGAACAGUGUUGAAGUUGAAGGCAUUAGUAUAAAAGUUUUCACAUUGCCUUUUCUGUUGCUGACUCUUCAGUGUGUUUUUAAAAAAUGUAAAAUCUUGUUGGAUGCUACAGUUCUGCUUUCAGAAUCUUCAGGUAUUUUCUUCUUCUAGGUGAAUUUUAUACUUCUUCAAGGAAAAAACCCCAAUGCAAAUUACUCUCCAGUAAGCUGACAAAAUAGGGGAUAAAGUACUUUCAAUGGGUCAUGAUGCUACUGCAGUCAAAGAACAAGCUGGCUUAAAGAAGCAAGGUUACUUUCACUUAAUAAGAAACUAUUAUUUCAGAAAGCUCUUAGUUAUCUUUCAUAAUAAUGUUCCUUGUCAGUAAAUUUUGCUGAGGUUUAUUGUAAACAUCCUUCCAAACAUUCAGAUGCAGUUGGUAAUUUUAUGUCUGACAUCAGGUACCAUGAGAGUUACCUUUUAACGAGUAGCUUUUGAAAACCAUGCCAUUGCAGACUAUCUUAAGCAUGUGCAGUUACUAGACAUUCCUUAGUCAUGUCAUCAUGCUCUGAAGACCUUCUGAAAUCUCCUCCACAAUUUCAAAUUGAGAAAUGAUUUGGUUCUCUUGUAUGUCGUUUCAAAUAAGAAGCUGCUACAAUUGGAAGUUGCAGUUGUAUAGUUGGGAAAUUAUUUUAUAUAAAAAGUGUGUGCCAUUACAUGAAAAAACUUCAACAUUAUUCCAACUCACCUGGAGUAACUGACAGCAAAUAUUGACAUAUAUUAAGGAUCCAUUAAAGCACCAAGAUUUUGUGUCCUGUCUAGCCAGAUAACCAUCACUUAGUCAUAGCCAAAUUACAAGAGCAAUUCCAGUACAAAAGAAUAUAAUGAUCUGAUUAAGGACACAUUUCUUGCUAACACUGCUAGUAUUCCCUGAGCCUUAAGCCAGUAAACAUUCACAAAGGAAUACCUAGUAUAUAAAUUCCAAUACAUCUUAGCCCCUUAAGCCUGGGUAUUUGCAAGGAUGGGAUGAACCUGUUAUUUCACGGUAAAUAUUUGAGUGUAUAAAGAGAAAAUUUACCAGUAGAAACUUCAAGGCUUCUGUAGAACUCCAGUUCUCUUGUAAUUGUGGCAGAUACCCCUCCUUUAAGUGAAUCUCUACUCUCCUGUCCUCAUUACUCUGGUUCUUUAUAUCCUUUUUUGCUUUUCCUCCUUUAUUAAAUACAAGAUUUAAAAAAGAACUUCCAACUUCUUUUUAAAAUACACAUUAUGUUCAGGCCCCAGACUUGUGCACACCAGUACAUAACUACUCCGAGUCAAUACUUGCUCUUGUGUCCUUACAGUAAACACCACAGUUUUGCAAAGUGAAUCACAAAAUUGGUUCCUUAUACAUAAUUCACCCAGUUGGACACAGGAUUAUAUCUACAUUCAUUUAUCUAUUGCACCUUUUAAUGCUAUUCACACUUCAUUUUUAUAUGCCAGUGCUCAAAACACAAAAUUAACAACUGAACUGUCGAAUCUCUAACACCUUAAGUUUACCUGUACAGAAGGAAACCAUUGAUCUGUUUUUUUUCAGUCAGGAAGAGAAAAACUAGCUUUUUAGAACAAGGAGAUAAAAACUAAUGUUUUCUUAAGAUAUGUAAGUAGGUAUGUUCUAUUACAUCUACCUUUCUGUAUCAUGAAUCUUAAAAAAUAAAACCAAAAGUUGCUUCCAUC